AUGUGUCCUAAAGGUUAUGAAGACAGUAUGGAGUUUCCAGACCACAGUAGGCAUCUGCUGCAGUGUCUGAGCGAGCAGAGGCAUCAGGGCUUCCUUUGUGACUGCACUGUGCUGGUGGGAGAUGCCCAGUUCCGCGCGCACCGAGCUGUACUGGCUUCGUGCAGCAUGUAUUUCCACCUCUUUUACAAGGACCAGCUGGACAAAAGAGACAUUGUUCAUCUGAACAGCGACAUUGUUACAGCCCCAGCUUUCGCUCUCCUGCUUGAAUUCAUGUAUGAAGGGAAACUCCAGUUCAAAGACUUGCCCAUUGAGGACGUGCUAGCAGCUGCCAGUUAUCUCCACAUGUAUGACAUUGUCAAAGUCUGCAAAAAGAAGCUGAAAGAGAAAGCCACCACGGAGGCAGACAGCACCAAGAAGGAGGAAGACGCCUCGAGCUGCUCGGACAAAGUCGAGAGCCUCUCCGACGGCAGCAGCCGCAUGGCAGGCGAUCUGCCCAGUGACGAAGACGAGGGCGAAGACGAGAAACUGAACCUCCUGCCCAGCAAAAGGGACCUGGCGGCCGAGCCUGGGAACAUGUGGAUGCGCCUGCCCUCCGACUCCGCGGGCCUCCCCCCGGCUGGCGGGGAGGCCGAGCCACACGCCACAGCAGCUGGAAAAACAGUAGCCAGCCCCUGCAGCUCGACAGAGUCUUUGUCCCAGAGGUCUGUCACCUCCGUGAGGGAUUCGGCAGAUGUUGACUGUGUGCUGGACCUGUCUGUCAAGUCCAGCCUUUCGGGAGUUGAAAAUCUGAACAGCUCUUAUUUCUCUUCACAGGACGUGCUGAGAAGCAACCUGGUGCAGGUGAAGGUGGAGAAAGAGGCUUCCUGUGAGGAGAGCGAUGUUGGCACUAAUGACUAUGACAUGGAACAUAGCGCUGUGAAAGAGAGUGUGAGCACUAACGCCAGGGUACAGUACGAGCCGGGGCACCUGGCUCCGCUGCGGGAGGACUCGGUGCUGCGGGAGCUCGAGCGCGAGGACAAAGCCAGCGACGAUGAGAUGAUGACCCCGGACGCCGAGCGCGGCCCGGUGGAGGGCGGCAUGGAGAGCAGCCUGCUGCCCUACGUGUCCAACAUCCUGAGCCCGGCCGGCCAGAUCUUCAUGUGCCCGCUGUGCAACAAGGUCUUCCCCAGCCCGCACAUCCUGCAGAUCCACCUGAGCACGCACUUCCGCGAGCAGGACGGGCUGCGCAGCAAGCCGGCCGCCGACGUCAACGUGCCCACCUGCUCGCUGUGCGGCAAGACUUUCUCGUGCAUGUACACGCUCAAGCGUCACGAGAGGACCCACUCGGGCGAGAAGCCCUACACGUGCACGCAGUGCGGCAAGAGCUUCCAGUACUCGCACAACCUGAGCCGCCACGCUGUGGUGCACACACGCGAGAAGCCGCACGCCUGCAAGUGGUGCGAGCGCAGGUUCACGCAGUCGGGGGACCUGUACAGACACAUCCGCAAGUUCCACUGUGAGUUGGUGAACUCCUUGUCUGUCAAAAGCGAAGCCCUGAGCUUGCCCACUGUCAGAGACUGGACCUUAGAAGAUAGCUCGCAAGAACUCUGGAAAUAAUUUUAUAGAUAUAUAUAUAUAUAUAAAUAAUAUAUAUAUAUACAUAGAUAUACAUAGAUCUCUAUCUAGUUGUGGUACGGUCUAAAAGCAGCCUUGUUUCCUGGAACUAAACCGUCGGGGUGUUAACUCGGUUUUGCACUUUAGAGUAGCAUGAGACUCUCACUAAUUUAGCAUUCUGGUAAAAGAGACUUUGGAGCAAGUCGGAGACUAGAGAGGGCUUUUUCUUUCGAGGGGGUAGGGGAAGUAAGCCAAUAAGAACCUUUGAAACAACUCGUCCUAUCACAAGAUGCUUUCACAGGGCUUAAUUCUGUCGACACUGCAUUGUCUUCUGAGCGCUCUCUCUCUCUCUCUCUAUCUCUCUCUCUCUCUCUCUCCCACUUUGUUUUCGUUUUGUGUUUCUGUUUUGUUUUUUGUUUUGUUUUUUUGUUUUUGUUUCUUUUCCUUUUUCAGAGUAGAAAUUCCCUCCAGUUUUAUUAGCCUCUUUAUAUGUCACAAAAUUGCAUGAAUCUUUUCUGGCUGUUGGAAACCUGAAUGCUUUUAGACCCAAAUGGAAAAUUUCUGAAAUGCUGGAUUAUCUAUUUUUAAACAAGCAGUUGACUUAAAACUUUCUGUGGCAACUUCUGGUUUUCUGAUGGUUCCCAAUGAGAGAAAUUCUGAAAGUACACUGGGAUCACUGGGACGCUGUCUUUGUGAAGGUUUGCUUGGGAUGAAAAAGGAUAUUGCAGCUUCAGCAGUGUUGAACUGUGUGUUGAAAAAUGUGAAUUACUGUUCUUGUAUACUGUAACUGAUUACACGGGCUGGGGGGGGUGUCAAAGAACUUGACAGGUUGUGUUGAUGCUCUUAGUUGAGUCUUGAAAAGUAAAUAUUAACGCUACAGAAAUGCAUGAGUUUCAAUAUAUUUUUUGUCUUUGUUUGCAUUGUAUAACUUUAACGAGUGAGUUUAAAAUUAUUUAAUUUCCUUAGAAAAAAAAUAGCACCGUUUGGGGAAAAAACUGGUGUUAUGAAGAACGUAAAUGCACUGUUUUUAUUUUUAUUUUAUAUAAUUUAAAUUGACUCUCCCACUGUCUUUAAGUUGAAACUGUUAAGCUGAAUAAAAACUUAAGCUGCAAAUUGAUAACUUCGCUACAUAACAAGGAAAAUAUAAAUGUUUACAAACGGCUUAAAGAUUUGCAUGUGCAGUGUGCAUUUAUAACAAACUUCUAAUUGCACAAAACCCAUGCCGGCUCAAAAGUUUAGGUGUACACAUUUGCCCAGUUGAGCAUUUUUAGAAUAACUACUGCACAAAUUGACAAUAGGUCAUUCUCUCUUCUUUCUUUCUUUCUUUUUUUGGGGGGGGGCUCCCCUUCUCUUUUUCUUCCCUUCUCCCUUACCCUCCCCUCCCUCCCCUCCUUCAUCCUUCCCCCACUCCCCCCACCCCCAACUCAUGAAAAGAUUCUAUGGACUGAAAAAGCCCCGGGCUGAAAGGACUGGACUGCCUUGAUUGACGUGGGGAAGGUGGGGAAGGGGGUUAGUAGACUAUGUGUAUGGGGCAGAGGAGGCUGCAGCCCAGUGUGGUUUUAAUGACCAGCACGCAGGGCAAAAGCAUUUUGCACAGUGUUUGUUUUCCUGUCUUGCACUUACAAAUAAGGUCUAUGGGAGUAGCAUGGAAAACGUUUGCUGUUUUUCCCUUUUUUUUUUUAAUUGCUUUUGUUUAAAAUUUGAUCGCCUUAACUACUGUAAACAUAGCCUAUUUUUGUGCUUAAGAUACUGAAUGGAAAACUCCAUUGUGUGUUGCUGGACUGUUUUGGAAAUAUUUGGUCAAAUGUGUGUUAAUUUGGCUGUAAUGGCAUUUAAAGCAAACAAACAAACAAAAAAAAGCUGUGAAAAUGGCCUUGGAGCAUUAUCUUUAGUUACUUGAAGAGUUUCUAGUUUUUUUAAAUACAGUUUAUGUUAAAAUAAUUUUUAUUAAUUUAGAGGAGACAAUCAAUGUCUGAGAAAACGGACUUUCUUUUGGAUUUUCUUUUUGUGGUCAUUGUGAGUGAUUGCUUUUUCCUUUUAUUAGUUUCACAUUCUUCCUUUGUUCUAAAACUUAGACUGACAUCUAGCUUUGACAAUCAUAGUAUGUUUUAUUUUCCUGAGGGGGGAAUAACUUAUAAUGCUGUUUAGUUUUGUACUAUUGGUGUGUUGGUGAAUUUUUAAACUGUGUGCUAACUGCAAUAAAUUAUAUGAACUGAGAA